AUGUUGGCAGAUGCGAAUUGCUACCAAGGGGCUUCUAUUGUCUACGGCAUUCUUUUACGAAUAGAGUAAACAUGGGGAAACACUUCACAACACCACAUGUUUUUCCAGAAGAGAUAUCCAAACUUUUACCGGCCACGUGAAGAAGUACAAAUAAAAACCAAAACCAUGAAGUUUGUUAAAAAAACUUUAUAAAAAGUUUUUCCAAGGAAUUAUUGGCGACAAUAACUUUCAUUGGGGGUGGCGCCACAAUAGCGCAACAGGUAGUGUGCCUGUCUACAUUCCACAUGGUCACAAGUUCGAUCCCCCCCUCGACGAAACCAAGGGGUUUAAAGAAUAAUGGUAGUGGGAAACCACGGCUUCAAAAUCCCCAGCCGUCACUCACAAGGACGGAUAUGUCACUGGAGCCAGUCCACUGAUUAUCAGGAUAGGACCUCGGCUAAUCGACUUGGGGCGCCGACGCCGCUCCAGCUGUACAAAGGCGUAGAAAGAAGAAGAUAAUUUUCAUUUUGGCAUUUUGAAUUUGUGCAAUUUUUCUCCAACUUUCUUUUCUGGUUUUUAUGCACGGAAAAUUAAAUAGGUUGUAGAUCUUUGCUUCGAAAGACAAAUUACUACUUCUAACUAAAAUUUCACACCAUUUCUAUGCAGAAAAGUUAAAACCAUUCCAGUGAACACCAAUUGACGAUGAGUUUUGAUCAAAGCUUGCAUUUAUUUAGUCUGCAAGAAUAUCUUAUUGCUUUUCAUGGUUUUUACCCAAGUUAUGAAAAACACGGAACUUCAAAUGUAAUAAAUCUAUGCAGAAGCUAACGUCAGCAGUCGUCGGUUUCUGAAAAACACCAUUUUGAAAGUUUGCGAGCAAUUUUGAGCUCAGAACAGUCUGAAUAAAAAAAUCCAAAAAAAUGCUCUAGCGCUUUCGGUAUUUUCUAGUUAUACUUACUUUUACAGAAGAAAUAACAAAGUUUGCAGAUCAUAGUGGAACACAUCUGAAAAAUCGUUCACUCUCGAAAUCAUUUUUUAAAUCAAUCUCACAACUCUCAAACUUUGAAGCCCUAUUUGGAGAUUUUCAAUAGACAGCUACAGUGAGCCUUUUGAAAAGAUCUAAAGUCCGUACAUUACCCUGGUUUUUUUCGAAGAUAUUCUUAAGUUCAGGACGAUUGGGUUCCAGAUUUCCACGGACGCCAGUAGUUCUAUACGCAAAAAACUCAUGUAUUCAUUCUUUUUCUGAGAAUCUUACUUUUCGAAAAUUUAUUAUUUCGAAAAAAAAAAUGUCAGCCUGCUCUCUCUGCAAAUCCUACCUUGUCAGUGUUAGCAAAAAAAAUUUCAAAAUCAGAAAGUUUUGCCGGAAUAAAAAAAUGUAUUCCUUGAACGGUUCUGGAUCAAACUGUUUUUUUUUUGACCGCAGCGACGUUCGUUUUGAUUUUUUAGGUUUCCUUAUUUUUCAACCAUGUCAACAGGUGGCUGAUAAUGAAAAAAUAAGUUGGUUACCAUUUGAAAUCCAACUCGAGGAUUUUUUUUUCAAAGUUGAUCACUCCCAAAUUUUUCACAUAUCUUAGUCACAUUUCUGAGCGCAGGGUCGAAAUCGGCGUACCAACUGCUUCCAGUGAACAGCCUCAUUCAGAAUCCCAGCACUCAGAAGAAAUAUCAUUCUGAAGUUUUUAUUUCAAAGAAAAAGUCUCAAAAAGUUUUCUCCCGCGAAUCUCGAAGUUCUCUCGGAAAAAGGAAGCGCUCUUCAAGAAUAAUUGCAAGAUUGAAAAACAGAUGGUGUUGUGAUGGGAUGCGUAAAUUGCUUGUGUGCAUCUGAUGACGACGUCGACGUCUGAAGGAUCCAUUGAAGGAUCGCGUAUUUCGACGAUCCGGUGGGUGUGACGGCUGCCACUUGCAUAGGAGCCGUAGUUUGGAGGCCUUGGGGCGGCGCCUCGGUUCAUUCCUUCAGGAUGUCCUCUUUCUUGCACGCCGUCUUGCUCGCGCUCUUCUGCUCCCUCAUCAUCAUUGAAGCAAUGCCACGGUAAAUUAACCUGUUUACAGUUUUACUGGAUAGGUAGACUUUUCCCUUUGUUGACACGACGAGUUCGAUCUUCCUAAAAACCCGUAUCACUGAAGAUUCAAAGCCAUGAAGAAGAAAUUUCUUUGAAGAUGGUGGACAAUCGCAUGUUGCGGAAACGUCUUAAGAAACUUUUAGAAAGCAUUUCGUUUUUUAAUCGAGGUAGGGCACUAAAAAGAGGAAAAAGGUUUUAUUAAUAAACCUUGCAGUUUAAAGACUCUUCAUUUCUUUCACAAAAUAAAGUUUCGAAAUUAUUACCCAGUUGCUUAUUUUUGUCACAUUGUGUUUCAUUUGUUUUUUUGUCGGUUUCAUUUAUUCUUGCUGGCUUUUUCAAAAAAACUUUUAACUCAUUGCUUACAACUCGAAACUUUUUGCACUUCUCUUGACUUCCAAAAUUAUCAUUCUUUAUCAUAUUGCCGUUUGAUUCUGAAUGAAAAAACCUCUACAAGCUGUUCUUUUAAGCAAAUUUCAAAGUAAAAAAAAAACCAUGUUGGUCACUGAUUCUUCACAAUUUUUCACCCACGCUUAUAAUCAUUGAAAAAAGACAGAGUUCUAUGAAAAUUCGCUCUCUCCUCGAACUCUGUUUUUGGUUUCACUUUAAUUGCCCUUAAAAAGAAUGAGACGUAUACGCCAUUUCAAAUAAACUAAAACUUGUGGAAAAAUUUGAAAAAAUAUUUUUCUCGCCUGAAGCUCGUUUAGCUGCCCUUCUUCAAGCAAAAUGCUAUUUUGACUGAUUGCAUACGAGAAAACUUGAAAAAUGAAGACUUCAACAUUCGCACAUCAUAACUCUUUUGGGAUUACUCCGACGCCACGAAAGCCAAAAAAAAGCUCUGUUAUCUCGGUCCAAAGAAAAAUUGGCGCACUACAAAAAGUUCUCCAAAAAGUGUUUCUCUGGGAUUUGAAAGAUUUAUUGCAGCUUAGUAACAGACGCUUUCGGAAGUUUCAGAUUGGACUUUUUAAUGAGGUUCUACGAGUCCUUCCAUAUGUGGGUCGGCAAAGUUCUCCAUAUUCCUCAAACUUGGAAACUGUAUAUUAUAAGUUCCGUUCGGUUCUACUAAAAAUGUCCCGGUAGCCAUAGGCUGAAGCUUCGGGUUGUGUUGCAGUUAAAAUCUAAUCUGAGUCAUUUUGAGAUCAACAGUUUCCAUAUUGUAAAAACCUGAGAAAUUAUUUAAUGAAAUUUCAGUCAUUCCUUCAAAAAAAUUCAAGAACAAAACUAAUAAGUCAUCCGCGAUUUUAAACUAUCAAAAAAACUUUUUGUUCAAAUUAAUUUAUAACUGGCUCAAAGUCAAGGAAAUAUUUUUUUAUGAAAGCCAUCUACAAAUAGAAAAGUUAAACAAGACUUGCAAAUUCGAGAAACGCUCUCAUUUUUCAACAAAUGAACCGAGGGCAUCUAAGAUCUUUUUCGAUGUUUUUAUUUAUUGUUCCCAAUCUCUAGACUUUCAGCUAUGUGAGAAAAAAUUUUCCAUAAGAAACCAGAGUCCCCCGCAAUUCCUUUUAAAAUGAUCCAUAUAACUUUUUUCAUAGCUUUUAAAGCUCACAAAAGUUUGCUUUGAGUGAAGCUAAAACGGCUCCAAGCCACCUGGGUAUCGCCAAAUGGCUUCUCUCGCGCAAUCCAAGAAAAAGAACUAUGAACUUAUGAGCCAUAAAGUUUACAUCACAUUAUUCUUGAGUUAUCGAAGUCUGAAAAGAGAAAAACUUUACACGGAAAUUCAUUUUAACUUUGUAAUUGGAGAGUAUCUGGAUAUUCAAAAAAUUUCAUCACUCACUGAAUCGAUAUACUGUAAGAUUUAACCUGCACAAUUUUUAGUUUCAGCAAAGUCAAGUUUCAAGGUCAGAUUCAACCAUCAGAAAUCGGUUACACUGAAUCCGGAACUUUUCUUGGAAACUUACAAAAUAUUUCGAAGAACACAGUGUUGUAAUUGGAGAAUUUGAAGACUUUUUUCUUCAUGACAGAAAAAGUUUUUUUUUCUUCAAUUCCCAUGGAAAUAUGAAAUUGUGAUUCUUUGGUAAAUAAGAAAUUGGAUCUCGGGCUGCUUCGUGGUCCUUAAUUAUGGAUAUGAAGUCCAUCCUGCAUCAGGAAGUUAGUCUGGGAAAAAUUGGAAAUUUGGAGAAGCCAAAAAUCGUUGUUAAGUUUUUCGUUAUUGAAUGAAGAAACUUUUCAGAGUGCCACUUGAGAAGAAGGCGAUGAGAAAUUCGCUUGUCCGAUUCGGCAAACGAGGCGAGCCCCUGUCAUCUGACGACGUCUUUCUAGGUAAAAGUUUGACCCAAGGCUAAAAAGCUUUUGGUUUAUGAUAAUAAUGUUCGGAAAAAAACUCUCUGACUUUUCUGCUCUUUUUCUGAGGAGGACGAGCCUGUUUCCUUCUUGCUUCCACCCCGAAAACAGAUUCGAAAAAAAAAUCUCGCCAACAUGAGAAAAACAAUUUCGAGUUUUUCAACUUGUAUGUUUCUGAAAAAUUCAAAAGAUUCGAUUUUUGGUAUCCUGUGAUAGCAAGCCAAUCGCCUUCCAAAUCGUCCCUUAGUCCUAUCAAUCUUCCGAGAUUCAAUUGAAUAGUUGAACCUUAAUUGAGGAGUCACCUCAAAACUUCUGCUCAUACUUUUUUCAUACAUUUGAACGAUACUUAAAAGUGAUUUUUUUUCAGGAGAGUCGUUCGGUCCCGCAGAUCCGUACGAGUACGUCCCAGAGCACUAUGGACGCAACGGAGUCUAUGGCUUGUAUUAA